AGAAGCUUCUACGGUUUUCAUUGGCCUUUCCCAGCCUUACGCCUCAGGCUCUCGCGGGGCUGCAGAGCGAAGAUGGCGGCCGAACAAGUCGAAGCGAUGAAUAUGGUGAAGAGUUUCCGGGUGUCUGACCUGCAGACACUGCUGGCCUCUAUGGGCCGCAGCAAGAGUGGCCUGAAGCAGGACCUGGUGGUGCGGGCGCUGAAGCUGGUUCAGUCCGAAUGCAGCCCGGAGCUGCUGAAGAGUGUGCGGCAGCUCUACGAGACGCGCUUCCCCAAGACAUCGGGCUGGCUGGCGGCACGCCGCCCGGAGGCCGUGCCCGUCAGUUACUCGUCCAUCAGCAGCUCGGCGUCCAGGGGCCUGACACAGUCGCAGGGCGCAGACUACCUCAAUGGCGGCGGCCUCCCCAAGCAGACAGCCGCCCCCGCAGCCGAGGUCAAGCUGGUGUCGCUGCCUUUCUACCAGACCCUGGAGACACUGCUGCCCCCCACAGAGCUAAUUGCCCAGAAUAAUGAGAAACUGCAGGACAGUCAAUGCAUAUUUGAACUGACACAAAGUCAAGUGGAUCAAAUCAGAAACUCCAGUGAACAUCGCCCAGGCAUUAAGUCUGUCCAGGUGGUUCUCAGAAUCUGUUAUACAGACUCCAUUGGUGUUCAGGAAGAUCAGUACCCCCCUAAUAUUGCUGUGAGAGUCAACCAGUCCUUCUGUCAUGUGCCAGGUUACUACCCUUCUAAUAAACCGGGUGUGGAGCCACGUCGCCCCUGCCGCCCCGUCAAUAUCACCCCCUGGCUGCAUCUCUCCACCACUACCAACAGAGUCACCAUCACGUGGGGCAACUUUGGCAAGCGUUACUCGGUGGCUAUAUAUCUUGUGAGGGUCUUCACGUCAGCAGAACUCUUCAAUCAGCUCAAACACUGCUCAGUGGAGAGUGCCGAACGUUGUCGUGAGCGCAUCCAAGACAAGUUGCGCUUCGACCCAGAGAGUGAGAUUGCCACCACGGGGUUGCGAGUAUCCCUGAUUUGUCCACUGGUGAAAAUGCGUCUGGGUGUGCCAUGCCGCGUGCUCACCUGUGCACACCUGCAGUGUUUCGAUGCCGUCUUCUUCUUGCAAAUGAACGAGAAGAAGCCCACCUGGACCUGUCCAGUCUGCGACAAGCCCGCUCCCUUUGAGUUGCUCACUAUUGACGGGUUGCUCUCUGAGAUACUGAAGGAGACCGAGGAGGAGGUGGAGGAGAUCGAGUACCUGACCGACGGCUCCUGGAGACCCAUUGGAGACGAGAGGGACAAGGAGAAGGAGCGCGAGCGCAGCCACACGCCUGUCUACCCCCUGGUUGACAUAUGUGUCUCGGAGGUGAAUGGCCACUCUCCAGCCCACAGCAGCACCAGCCAAUCAGCGAAGUCGGGAUCAGGCGGGUCGUCGGCCCCGGCAGCGUCGGGCGUGGUGGUCGACCUGACGCUGGACUCCUCCUCCGACGAGGAGGCUGGCGGCGGUGGCGGCGCGGGAGGAGACAGCUCUGACACAGACGACAGCCAGGACAGCCCGUCGCCCAAGAGAGGCCGGUACAACUACGACAAGGACCUGGUGACGGCCUACUGAGUGGACUUGAGAAGGACGGACUCGCAAGACUGAGAUAAUUACGGUGUGACGGAGGGGGGCGGCGAGAGGGGGACAAGGCCUGAUGUUUGGGCAAGGAAUUUUGGAAAGUCCCAGAACACCCCCCUCCCCCAUCCUCCUCUACACCCACCCUGUGCGGAGACACAUGUUCACACACACACACACAGACACACACACACACACAAAACACAUGCAACACAGACACACACACCCCAAUGCACACACCAACAUGCACUGUAAAACCUCUGGGGAGUGGUUGAGCUUCCUUUCCCUCUUCACCACUGGAAACCACAGGAGCAGCUCCCUGUCCCAACCCCCCCUCCUCUCCCCCUUUCUCCCCCGCCACCCCUACCCCCAAAGACAAACAAACACGCAAACAGUUUGUUGUGCUCCCCUCUUCUGCUGUGUCCUCCCUUUAAGAGAUCACAACACCAUAAGCUCCAUUGACUCUCCUUUGCCUUCCCACAUUCAUCCCCCCUUUCAGUUUGUGGAGGACAUGAUGGUGUUUUGGGUCCCAGAAUGCAACAUCAGGCUCUAGACGCCAUUACUGUCCCGUGUCCUCCACCCUCGAGUGGACAACCGCCACCCUCGACAUCCCACCAUCUGUGACUCUGUUCAGAGGUCAACGUGUAAAGCAGCAAACGCAAGUGUGGACUUGUGCAUCAUCUCCUGACCUUUUAGGCUUUAUCCUCUCUUUCUUGGGCUCUAAAUUUUUUUUUUUUUUACCAUUUUCACCAUAUAUUCCCACCCCCACCCCCCUCCCACCUAGUUAUUACGAUUCUUUUUUCAAGCCGUAGUAGCUAAUAACCUACCUCAAUUCAAACUGCAAACUUGAUCGCAAGUAGUCCUUAGAGAGGUGACCUUCCAAAACAGACAAAUGCUAGAUGGAUGAUGCUCUUCUUGUCUCUCUUUGUUUCUUUUACCCAUCUUGUUUUCCCAACCAUCUAACUGAAGGGGGGGGGGGGCUGCCAGCAGACCUGAUUGGCUGGUCUCCUGUGGGUGCAGUUGAAAUUACCGAUCUUUAGUUUGAGACCACCAUCCACCUUCAGUCUCCAUUGAACAAGAGAGCGAGUCAUGGAACAGACACGUGUCUAACUGAAAGCCUUGAUGGUGUGCAGCCGGGGGGAGUGAGUUUUAGAGUUGAAUAAAAGUGUUUUGCUUUUUUCUACUCCUAAUGAGGACAAGUAGUUUGAGGAUAGAAUGUACAGGGGUGGCAGUGGAAUGAGUCAUGAGGAAGGAGUUUUGGAAUAGAUGCUGAGAUGGGGAAUCCGAGCAAACAUCCCAUACAACAUGUCAGUCGAAGGUCCAGUCGUGGAGGGUCUUUAAGCAUGGUCAGCCGUAGAAGUUUGUGAAGUAACGUGCGCUACAUCAAGCCAUGACUCAUCUGGGCCAUUAUAAUUGGAGUGAGGGGUGACUUUUUUUUUAGGGGUGACUUUUAAGGUGCGUCUCGGUUCGAAAAAGCAGCCUUCAGAUGCAAUGUGAGUGAGGGUCAACUGACUGAUAUGACUUUUAUUUUGUUUGUUUUAUUCUGUUUGUUUGUUUGGUUUUUCAUGUUUUGUUUUCCAGGUUGGGCUGCCCUUUGCCCUUUCAUCUUCUCGGUGUGCCGCGUGGUUGCAUCAUGCAGACUUUUAAUUGUUUUUUUGUUUUUUUUUGUUCAGUAAAAGUAUUUAUUGACUGUCUCAUCAUGGCUUUUUGUUUUUGAAUGGCAGCAGGUAUUAUUUGCACACAUGUGGCAUUGGAGAGAUUGCUGUGCUGUUUCUACAGACUCUACCCACUGAGGAGAGCUGAUGGUGGCGUUCAGGCAUGUGCUGGUCUUGAGUGAAGCUGCUGUUUUUCUUUCUCCAGUAUGCUCUCUUGUCGAGGCUGUUCAGCUACCCUGGGACUUCCUGGUCUGGUUCCCUUGAGCCUUGUUGCUAAAACAUCAGUGCACCAAUGAGGAUGGUCAUAACCAUGCUCAUAACCAUGCUCAGUUUUGCUGCACCUGCCCCACUCUUGAUGCCUGACUCUUCAGGUCACCUGAGCAGGUUUCAACUUUGGUUUAACCCACUGAGGCACCCCCCCCCUUUCCCCUCAACUUUAUGCAGUCUUCUCGGUUGAACUUCAAGCUCAUCCUAAAGGUAAAAAUGUUGGUGGGCCAACAUAAUUUGAAGUUUUCAGGGUUGCGAUUCCCUCGUGGUCUUAUGGGUGGGGCUUCUAAUGUUUGCAGUGGCAGUUGAUAUGGCCCCCACACUACAUUUGAACCCAGGCGGUUCAGGCUGUAGGGGAGGGGACUCAGGGAUGAGUUGUGACCUGCUUUCAUUUUCAUUUUAUGAUCCAUUCUUUGUUCUCUUUUUGGUCACUGAACAGUUCUUGGUGCAGAAGAACAUGCACUUCAUCAGUUAGCUAAGACAGACAACACACAUCUGAACUGGAUUUACAUAUAUGGUAGUGCUACGGAAACGACUAUCUCUAAUUUUAUUGAUAUUUUUUAGUUAUCGUUGUCUCCGCUGUCCUCUUAGGCUCUGCUUUUGUUCAGUAGGUCUUCAGAGAGAAAUGCCGCUUUAGUUCCUGCCUUGUUUGGUUUCUGCAUUCUAAAACUGACCUGAGCACAGACUUGAAUAGACACUCAGUACUGUAAUACAACAUUUGUUCAAAGUAAUAACUCAAUCAAUAAAAUGAAUUUAGAAGUAGGGAGGAACUUUUGAGCUGCGUACCAUAACAAUUUGGUCUUUCAUUUUGUUGGAAUAACCAUUUUGGACCGACAUGACUAAACACAAAUGGUUAACGUCAUCUGUUGUAGUUGAUGGCAGGUUUUUUUUUUUUUUUUCGUCAACAAGGCCCAUAUCCCAAAUGUUGCCAUUUUGUACACAUACAAGAACACUUCAUGAAGAUGUGUAGGUCUUUAUCUUUUGUCAGUCUAUUCAGGAGAAAUUGACCAAUGCUUUUUUUUUUGUCGGAAUCCGGUAGUUUCUUGAACGUAUAGCCUACCAUAGGCCAUUGCUGUGAGCCAUGAAACACCUGUAGGGGUAAUGGUGAAAGUCGCCCGUGGUUGACCAGUGAUGGAAAGGGCCUGGGGGUCAUCGUAGCCAUGCAGACAAAGGAGGAAUCAGAGGGUCAGGUGGUAAUUUGUGGCAUAUCCCUUUUUCUUACAAUGCUUUAGGUAGCAUGGGCAGUGGCUUGCAAUCCUUGAUGUAAAUGUUUUUGUUUGUUGUGUCUUUUUAUAUGUUCAUAUUAAAAGCCAAUAAAAAAACGAAUAAAUAAUAUUUUAUCAAGAUUUGAAUGGCCUCCAAUCGUUGAAGUAAAAAAAAAAAUGGAGUACAGUUUAAACAUGACUCCUUGAUGCCACUUUACAUGUCGGAUACUGUAAGAGCAUGGGACAAACGGGCGGGCUCAUACAAUUGGGGCGAAAGACUGGGCGAAGGGAACCGAUUCCAUUUGUUUCUUGUUGAGAUGGCUGAGAAAUGUAAUUUUGAGAAAUCGUAUUCUAACACCUGUCAUUUAUGUGUGCAAUUGAUUAAACUGAUUUUAAAAUCUA